AUGUUCCAAGGAGAUUUUUCUUUUGUGAAUGUCGAUGCGUCGAGCUUGAGCACCCUUCCACACCGCCAGAGAGUGACGCGCCACGUCCACGGCUACCGUCGCUGGAAAAAGGGACAAGAUGCUCGCCGGCUCUUGGAAUCAUCCAGGUUUCAUGAAGCCUUUGAUCCUCAAUUGAAAUCUUCCAAGUCGGUCCCCAGCCGCGCCACCCGCGAGGAUAGACCUCCCGACACAGCCCAAGCACCUACCUUGUCAAGAUCCAUUCGCAGCUUACCGUCUUUGCUCGACGUCGUCCUGCUAAACAGCAGCUCAGAGCCUUCCAAUGUGCUCUCUGAGCAGCUUGCAGCCACAACCAGCUCACUUCUCGGCUUUGAGAGGGAAUGCGUGGUUCCUGCUGUCCGAGCACUCGAGCUGCGCAUGACAGCUAAAGAGAAUGUUCCCACCCAGGCUCCUUUCACCGAGACAUGGAUCACCGAGAGUAAAGCCUACCUGUACGACAGCAUUGCGAGCCACAGCUAUUUGUCUCGAAUCGCCGCCACCAUGCACCUCGUCACGACCAACCCGGAGCACCUCGACGCAGCAUACCAAUUCCGGUACAAGGGAGUGGCUUCGCUCAAAGAUUACAUGACCACUACUCCUCACAUUAGUAUUCCUCGACUCUACCGUGCCCUCCUAAUCCUCCUCUUCGCCGAUGCCUCUCUGGGAGACAGACAAGCCUUCUCUCAACAUGUUACGGUCCUGAAGGACAUCUUCGCGACCCACCAGGAUGAGAUCUUUGCAGACCCAUCCUUGAACCUCCUCCAAUACAUCAAUGUAAUAUACCUCGAAGUUCAAUUUGCUGCCAUGAACUUCUCAACAACGUCGGUCGACCUCAGGGAGGAUGGAUGGGCCGAAAAACAGCUGUUGCCGAUGUGGAAAGCAGUCUCCCCAUUCUUUUUGACAUCGAGGUCAGAGGCAGAUCGAAACCUGGAUUCCUAUCUGCAAGGUGACAUUCGUACUCUGUUCCUCGACGCUCAAGAAACGCUUGAUGUCAUGAUAAAAAUUCGCAGACAGACAUCUCUGGAUAUCUCACAGACGUGGGUCUAUGCCGUCUCGAAAAUCAUACUGACAACUGGAAGACUGAUGAACCUCUACGCCCACCUCGACGUCCCUGCCAUACUUAGCCAAGGGAUUCAUGUAACAACGUCCUCCCUCAUAUUGCAGAAACUUGAAGUCGCUUCCGCCAUCCUUUGUGUGAUAUACUGGCUUCGUGAAUUAGGAGGGAUUGAAAAUAUUAAGAUGACAGACCACAGGAGGCUAUUUGUGUGGAAUCCUAUUAUGCUGAGCAAGCUUCGACACAUACUGACGGUCUAUGAUGCGGCUGAUUUGGACAUGGCCGGACCACAAGAUAACGCCAGGCGACUGCCACUCGCACUGUGGGUUCUUUGGACCGGAGCCACAGCUGAACAUUCGGCGUCUGACCCUGAUUCCUUGACGGUCGAGAACGAGGGCUGGUUUGCAGAGCGAUUUUCCCACGUGGUGAGAAAAGCAGGGAUCGAGUCCAUGCCGCAGUGCCAAAUCAUUCUGGACCGCAUACUUCAGUUGCACGGUAUGCACACAAGCGCGGAGGAUGGUUGGAUCACAAGUUGUUUCUCGCAGGCAGAAGGGCCUUGA